GUACUCUCCGUCAUCGAGACUUGGAAGAAUUGGCCUGCACUCCUGUAGGCUUUACCCAAGUUCGAGCCCAAAGUUAACUUGCCCGAUCGGCCUCAUCUUCCCUCUGGCGAGCUUGCUUCCGCCGCCGGCAAUUCCCAUGGCUGUAGUCUUCUCCCACGGCACUCAACGCAUCCCACGGUCUGGCACUCCGGCAUUACAAAGCCGAUCAUCCCCCGGACUCUCGCCAUUCCAUGCCACAAACACGAGACAUGUCGAUGGAGCCGUCAUUCGAGCCGUCCAACUCCGCGGCCGCGGCGAGCGCCGAGGAGGCGUCGACGCGGCGCGUCGCCAACCGCAUCAUCCGCGCGCUGCAGCACCACCUCCGGCUGCUGCACCGCGCCGGCCCGGAGUUCUUCGUGCUGGGCGCCACCGGCAACGUGUACACGGUGACGCUAGCCACCACGCCGUCGUGCACGUGCCCCGACCCCGCCGCGCCGUGCAAGCACAUCCUCUUCGUGCUGCUACGCGUCCUCGGCCUGUCGCUCGACGAGGCCUGCGUGUGGAGGCAGACUCUGCGGCCGUGCCAGGUCGCUCGGCUCGUCGUCUCGCCCACGUACCCGGAGGUGCUCGCCGGCCCUCGCGCCCGGGAGCGGUUCCACCAGCUGUGGUCGGCCCAGGCGGCCGCGGCUGCCACCAGGGCCGAGGAGAAGCGCCGGCAGGAGGCCUGCGCGGCGUCGUCCGGACGGCCGCUCGACGGCGUGGCCUGCCCGGUUUGCCUCGAGGAGAUGGCGCCGGUGGCGGGCGAGGCGGCGCCGCUGCUGACGUGCGGCACGUGCCGCAACUCGGUCCACGCCGAGUGCUUCGCGCGGUGGAAGCGAGUCCGGGCGAGGCGGGCGGCGACGUGCGUGGUGUGCCGGGCGCGGUGGCGGAAGCCCAGCCGGGACCGGGAGCAGGAUCAGCAGCAGUACAUGAACCUGUCGGCGUACAUGAACGAGCAGAACGAGGUGGAGGAUAUGCAGAUCGAGGAUGGUAGCCUCUGUGCUGGGUAGUACAGCGGUAUUGACUUGACAAGCUAGUUCAUAUGGAUGCGAAGAAUUUAGCAUCUCGAUUCAUUGGCCUCUCGUGACCCUAUUUCUUUCUAGUAGUAUUCUUAGGCGCUGACUUAUUAUGUGACAUGCAUGUACAGAAUUUCUAUGUCAAUAAAACAAUUGUUCUGUAAAGAAAUCACCAGUGAUGACAUUGUAUUGUUACGAAAA